AUUGAUGAUUAUAAAUAACAAACACCCGGAAAAACAUAGAUCAACGAAUUUUAAAUGGAUUCAUUAUUAAAUAAAUUCACGGGUCUACACCUCCUGGAAGAUGAUGACGAGAAUGAAGAAAAAAGGAUUAACGAACAGCUUAACGUUAAGAUAUCCAAUCUGGAUAAGUUAUUGGAUGAACUUAACAUGACUAAUGAGAACUCUCUAAGAGGGGACUUGGUCAUUAAACCAUCGAUGACAGAGACUGGUUACUCCAAGAAAUAUCCCUAUAAGAACUACUUCAUCAACUGUCCCACAGAAUUCCCGUGGAAAAAGGCCAUGGAGAGCGGUGAGCCUAUGGAAACUGAUUUAGAUAUAGACUAUGAGAAUAUCUUUGAUGACGUUGGUAAUCUCACCAAAAUGGAGAAGCAGCUACAGUUGCUCUACAGACCCUUCACCUGUACUCUGGAGGUCAGUUGCCGAUUCAAUAUGUAUGAGCUAUGCCUGCUGAUGGCCGAUUCUCGAUACGAUCCGUGUAAUCAUCCCUCUGUGGUCAUUAAGGUCACCCAUCCCAGUGCCCAGGUAAAGGUACAUGCUGGUGGGAAAAUUGUUUCCACCGCAUUGAACGCUAAUUCCGCGAGGACUGCACUUUUUAAGGUAGUCAGGAUCCUGCAGGAUCUGGACUAUAAGGCGGACAUGAAGAACUUAAGUAGGAGCAUCGUGAAUGCCUCCUUUAGUAUGCCCUUUAAGAUCAAUCUAGAUUUAAUGAUCAGUCAAUGUGCAGAGGAGGUUACCCAUAACCGGAACCAACGACCCUUCAUUACCUACACCACCGAUGUAGUGGGCGUGAGAUUUGCUGUCUUUCCUACAGGAUACAUAUUGGUCCUUCAUUCCAACAGUCACUUUGAAACGCGUGAGGCCAUAGCUGCGUUUCUUCCAAUUCUCGCAAAAUUCAAGAAUGGUUGUCCCUCGAUAAUGGAAACGAAGGGAUCACUGGUAGGCGAUCUUUCCUACAUGUUGCUCUGGGAAAAGAGAUUGGAGGAGGACAAAGAAGGCUUGUUGCUUUAUUCUUAAAAUAGUGUUUUUAGGUUUCUAUCUUGUUGAAUUUUUGAUGUACAAAUUUAACUAAUUUACUUUU